UUUAUCAAUUUCAAAAUGUCACUAUGACAAAUCAAGAGACAGCAGUUAGUGUAUUUAAUUCAACCAAAUAAUUGAAUUGUGCUCUGACAAGUUAAACUCAAAUCUGCCGGUCCGUACAGUUGCACCUUUUUCUGAAAGUAAAGAACUUAAAACUAUCCAAAUAUAAUUAUUUUGAUAUGGACGAGACUGUAAUAUUUCCGUCGCCAAAUUGGUUCCAAGCAUCUGUGAUAGCGAUUUCUCAUGAUGGAUGGCUUAUUUAUGGCGGGCCCAUUAAAAGCCUUUGUAUCUUAGAACCGUUACAUUCUGAACACGAUGGAGUUUUCAAACACAAUCAAUCUUAUAGAGCUCAUGUGAUGAAUAAAGCACAUUUAGAAAAGAUCACAAGUGUGGACAUUUCAAAGGAAUGGCCAGAAAAGAAAUUAGUUUUAACUGGAAGUGCUGAUGGUUGUGUAAAGCAGUGGAACUUAGAACAUUUUAAGAACUCUUUAAGACUUAAAUCUACCCUCAGUCAUGAAAUUCAUUAUAAUGAUAAAGAGGAUGUAGCUGGUCUAGGUUAUAGUACGGAUGUGUUUGCCAUCACAGUGGGAGGCUAUGGUAAUAUCGUGAAAUGGGAUUUGAAAUCCAAUGUUGUCAAGACUUAUAAUCAAUUUUUAAAAAGCUUCAAGCCAACUUGUGUUGCAUGUUCUCAGCACACACCAUUAAAUGUUGCCGUGGGAACAAAACAGGGAGUUGUAUUUGUUUUAGAUUUAAAUGGGAAUGGCAAAAUUGUCUAUAAGGUGAGGGGUCAGGAUGAUGAGAUAAUCAAUUUAUCAUGGUGUCCACAAUAUGAGGUGAUUCUUAAAAAGACCCUCAAAGAAUCACAAAAUCGUACACAUCUAGAAAGUAAAUUAGAUAAAUUAAAAUUAAAGGAUGCUGAAGAAGAUUUAAAUGAUUCAGGAAUAUCAAAGAACCUUCCAGAAGACAGCUUUGAUGAAUCCAUUGCACAGGAAGAUGAUAUGUUUGAUAUAUACAAAGACCAUGAAGCAGAUGAAUUUGGUCAUAAAAAGUUUCAGCCGACCGACAUCAUAGUGAAGUUGAAAAAAGAAACACCUCCCGGUGACUUUUUGGCUGAGUGCUUAAAACUAAAGGAGGCAAUAAUAAAUAAAAAAAAUGAUAAGGAAUCUUCAAUAGCAACUCUAGUUGAUGCAUUGGAUAAGACGCAUGUAGACAGUAAUGAUUGUGGUGAAAAUAAAACAGAUGUUAAUGAAAUACAAACAGACGGGGAUGACUUGCAUGAAACAGAAAAUGCAGCAGAGGUUACUGAAGAAACACAAGCUAAAAAAAUGGAAGAAUGUAGUUCUCAUUUGCACAAACAUCUCUUGGCUACUAUCGGGAAAUACGGGGGCGUAAGGCUGUGGUCCAAAUCGGGGAAACUUGUAGGUUCUUGUGUUGUACCAAACGCCGUGAACAAGAAUCAUAGGAGUAAAGGUCCCAUAGCAACAACAUUAUUAUGGUACAAGCCUGAUGUAUUGCUCAUCGCGGAUGGAAAAAGUCAAUUGCUUGAGUGCAAUCCAAUGAAGAUAGACUGUAGGAACAAACUAGAUUGGCAGAUAAUCCACUCGUUGCACAAACGUGGUUUGUACGCGAUCGCAACUAACGCGCCUCGUGUCCAAACAGAAAAUUCGAAUGGUUCAGAUGAUUGGCUAGUUUGGACGAUUGCGCAAGAUCGUAACAUUGUCUGUUAUUCUAUGGAAAGAAAGGAAAAGAUAUCUGUGCACAACACCUGUGGAGGCUUUGUAUACUCCAUACAGCACUGUCCUUAUGAUGCUAAGAAGAUAGCAGUAAGUGUAGGUGAUGGGGCUGUACGCAUUUGGAACACAGAUACGCUUGUAGAAGAUGACAGCAAAUUGUCUAUGGGUCAUGUGACUUCAUACUGGCAGAAUGUUCAAGGCAAGGUGUUGACGGUUGCUUGGCAUCCCACAAAAGAGAAUUUACUUGCCUUUGGUACUGCUGAAGCCAGGGUGGGUUUGAUUGAUACAAGUGGUAAGACAGAGCGGCCGGCCAGAACAUUACUUCCAGUACUACAAGGUGGAGUGUAUUCUUUGUGUUGGGGACGGAAUGAUCAACUUUAUGCCUGCGGUGGAGGGAAACUGGUCGUCUAUAACACAGAUGCUAUCGAUAAAGAUCCAAUGCCAAUAAAAGUUCAAUUUGAAGGAAAGCAAUGGGAAUUGAGUUCAGUGUUGUUUCAUAGCCGAGGUCUAGUGUGUGGUGGAGUUAAUGGGGCUUUGGCUGUAUUAGAUCCUGACACCAAUGAAAUUUUAACUGCGUCUUUUAUAUUUGGCAAAAUGAUAUACACUACAGAAUGGCACCCUCAGCAGACAUCUACAUCCAGCGAGGAUUCUAUAUAUAGAGACUUAAUAGCUGUCUCGUCUCUUGAUAAAGCGUGCAGUAUUGUAAUCGUGGAGUAUAAUGACAAAGGAGACGGUCCUAAAAUACACCCGUUUAAAACUUUGUCUGGUCACACGGCGACCGUGCUACAGCUGUCAUGGAAUCCACACAACGAUGUCCAGCUAUUGUCGACCUCACAUGAUACCACAGUUCGAAUCUGGGAUAUCUCAUCUGGUGAAUGUACUCAUAUUUUCGGAGGUCAUUGCCACGCCGCGCUCAGUGCAUGUUGGAGCUCAUUUCCAUCACUGUCCAAUGUAGUAAUGUCAAGCGGGUCCGACUGUUGUUUGAGAUUGUGGCAAGUGGACAGACAUACAACAGAUGUUUAUACUGACAUGUUUCGCAAAAUGGCUCCGGGAGCCGCGAAAAAAACUAAGACUAAAAAGGCUGAAAUUCAAGAAUUGGAAAAAGGUGAAGAACAAGUCGCUACCACCUUCGAUACGAAAGCGUCCACCAAAGCACCAAAGAAAUUCCUCUUACCUAUAAUUAGUAAACAAAUAUCGCCAUGCACUGUGUACAGUGUGAGACAAAUGCUAGUCAAAUAUUGGAGCGACCGAAAUGGAACAAACGAGAAGGCGGCUAACGGUCAACCUGAUGUCGUGGAAGAAAACGUCGAAGGGAAGGAGGCAGAGGAAAAAAUCGUGGAAUUCACAAAGAUUUUCGGUACAACGAAUGAUUUGAACGAAGUCUUGGACAUGGAAAUGGCUCGUCACUCCACAUGUAACCGUUGGGAGUCGUGUGUUGUGCUGAACGUGCUCCGCGGUCAGAUGUCCGAUAUGGUGACGUCAGCGGCCACCCGCGGGGAGCUCUGCCCGUUCAUUGUGAGCCUCGCCCCCACCGUCUCUCACAAAUUUUGGAAAGAUGCAACGCAAAUGUAUUUGGCUCAAAUCGAUCGAAUGAUUGCUAAAGGAGAGGAAGAGAAGCUUAGCGAGAACAAACAGUACGGUGGCGCCAUCUACCGUAAGGCGUGUCUUCAGCUGUGUUCACACGACGUACGAGCCGCCGUACAUACACUCGUAGACGCGAGACUGUUCAAGGAGGCUUACAUAUUGGCGAGGGUCAGGCAUAUGGACAGCAUAGCGGAGGACACGUUAAAGAAAUGGGCAACUGAUUGUUUACAAACUGGCAACAUUUGUAUGGCUGCGGUGUGUUAUUUAGCCUUAGGCGAUCCGUACCAAGCCGCUCUGGCCUUGUCAAAAUCGGACGAUCAAGAACUACUCGGCAUAGCGUCGGAACUAGCGAAGGAAUCUGGACAGGCAACAUUCGCUAAUCAUAUAGAAGAUAAGAAAACGCAAAUAUUAAGCGAAACGUCGGAAAAUGAUGAACAACUAAAGAAACUUCCUACAAAAAUCGAUCUAUUGAUUGAUAGUGUUGGCACUAGUGAAGUUACAUCGGAUGUGAUAUGAAAACUAGUGAUGUAAAUUUAUAGAUAUUGUGGGUAAAUUUUUAAAAUUAAUUCACUUUAAAGUAUCCGAAGUCUGUGAAUUUGUGUGAUUUAAUAAUAAUUGUUUCGUCUGAUACAUACAUACAUGUUGUUUAUCUUACUUCUUAACGUUUUGAGAUAUUAUUGUCUUGUAAGUUGCUGUUGAGUUUAAUCUUUAGGGAAAUGAUAUAUUUGGUAAGAAAUCUCAUUAUGAAGGUACAAAGUAUUUUGCACCAAUCAGGAAUUUUGCUGAGAAUUUCUUUUUGUAUUGUAUUUCUUAAUAAAAUGUGUACUAUUGGAGAUUGUAUACUUUUAUAGGCAACAGUUUUAUUAUCAUUUUUUUUAGGAAUUGUUAAUGUCUAGUAAGAUUAAAUAGUUUUCUUUAAA